AUGUCGAUUGAAGGAGGAGGGGUGCAAGCUAGAGUAAUCGAUGUUGAUGCAAAGGCUCAGGCGGACGUCGGUGAGGUAGGGGGACUGGUUGACAUUGGCGAGGAGGGCGCCGGAGACGAGGAGCCAUGGGCUGGCGCCGAAGGCGAGGUGUUGUGUGCUGGCGAGAAGGCUGAUCGCAGAGUAGGCAUGGCAGAAUCGGCGCCCCUAGGUGCUGCGCGAGGACUGGCGAGCGCGAGGGAGGCGUCACCAAGCGCGACUAGGCGUGGCGAUGGAGGAUGGGCAUGGAGCUGGGAGCCAAUAUGGGGUGCCAAGAGGUUGGGUGCGCUGAUGCUAGUGAAGCUAGUACCCAAGAGCAGGCGCAUAUGGUGA